AUGUGAUUGCUAAGAUGGCGUCGCCCGGUUACCGGAGGCUGCUAGCUGCGGCUCUGCUUCCUUGGUGUUGCGCCGCCUGGGCCCUGGGACAUCUGGACCCACCUUCUCCACCACCGCUGGUGAUCUGGCAUGGGAUGGGGGACAGCUGCUGUAACCCCAUGAGCAUGGGUAGCAUUAAAAAGAUGGUUGAAAAGGAAAUACCAGGGAUUUACGUCCUGUCUCUGGAGAUUGGGAAGAACAUGGUGGAGGAUGUGGAGAACAGCUUCUUCUUGAAUGUCAACCUCCAAGUCGGAAUGGCAUGUCAGAUUCUGGAAAAGGAUCCUAAGUUGCAACACGGAUACAAUGCUAUUGGCUUCUCCCAGGGAGGCCAGUUCCUGAGGGCAGUGGCUCAGAGAUGCCCAACACCUCCCAUGAUGACCCUGAUCUCAGUUGGGGGACAACAUCAAGGUGUCUUUGGACUCCCUCGAUGCCCAGGAGAGAGUUCUCAUAUCUGUGACUUCAUCAGGAAGUCACUUAACGCUGGUGCUUACUCCAAAGUUGUGCAAGAACGCCUGGUGCAAGCACAGUACUGGCAUGACCCCAUCAAGGAGGAAGUGUACCGAAACUGCAGCAUCUUCUUGGCAGACAUAAAUCAAGAGAGGCAUAUCAAUGAGUCCUACAAGGAGAACCUGAUGGCCCUCAAGAAGUUUGUGAUGGUGAAAUUCUUUAACGAUUCCAUCGUGGACCCUGUAGACUCUGAGUGGUUUGGAUUUUACAGAAGUGGCCAAGCUAAGGAAACCAUUCCCCUCCAGGAGACCACUCUCUACACAGAGGACCGCCUGGGGCUAAAGAAAAUGGACAAAGCAGGAAAGCUAGUGUUUCUGGCUAAGGAAGGAGACCACCUUCAAAUAUCUAAAGAGUGGUUUACAGCCCACAUCAUACCUUUUCUUAAGUGAAGCCCUUGCACUUUGCAGCAGAGUUUAUGACACCACAGCUCUUCCAAACUCCAGUUUGCAACCAGUCCUUCUCUCGUGUUAUCAUCUAACAUGCCCUGCUUGGAAAGAUCUAAGAUCUGAAUCUUAUCCUUUGCCGCCUGCUAUCACCAUAUGGUGUUGAAUUCAAGUUUAAUUAGCUAGUAACCGUGCAGACUGCUUUACAACCAUGUGAUAUGGUCAAGCUCUCUUUUACGGAAGGGGAGUCUGCUAUUGCAGAUCAGCAAUUGUGCCUAAGUGAAGUGAAGUGAAGCAGAGAGACAAGCUCUGAGGGUAAAACCCAUACAAAUUUGGAGCAAAUAAAAGCCUCAUGGUAUCCAGUCCUGAGAUGUUCACACAAGCAAUUUCUCAACAUUGCUGUGGGGGCCAUGCAUGUUUCUACAUCAUUUCUUAAAGCUGUUUUCCUAUUUUAGUGUUGCCCUCUAGUGGCACCUAGCAGUCACUCCACAAGCCUACCAACAUGCCCCCUCAGAGCUCACCUUCUAUCCUUAAUCUUCAGUCACCAAAAGGGGGAUCCACCAGCAGGGUUGCUUAGGAGAGGAAAUGUCCUUUUUCUUUUCUUCCCUUUUUUGAGACAGGGUUUCACUCACUUUUUAACCCUAGCUGGCCUGCAAUUCACUAUGUAGAGCAGACUGGCCUUGAACUCAGUCACAGAAAUCACCUGCCCCUCUGCCUUCUGAGUGCUGGGAUUAAAGGCAUGCACCCCCACCCCCUACAGCAAUGUGUGUCUUAGACACCAUGGAUAGUGCGGGAGUGGAGAAGUGAAAACUAGGUGGCUGGUCUUGCCACUGCACUCUUGGCUAACUGUCCUUAAUAUUACAAGUAGCGUAAAUGUCACUUACACUACUGCAAACAAUGGGAGGAACAGUCUGAAAAGAUGGACCUUGACGAUCCUACCCUACGUCCUAUUUGCCAGCAUGCGUCCAACUGCUACUGACUGGGUUCAAGAAAAUGACUAAAGAGUAAAAAUCAACACAUAUUAAACUGAUGAUGAUUCUGACAGUUAAAGAAAAACAACACUGAUCCACCAUUUCCUACAUUUGAACAUGGACUCCUUAGCCCCCAUCCUGAAAAGAUCCCAGCAUGUUCUAGAUGAUUCCUAUAGAGACUGGUUUGGAGAAAUGACUGUUUUCGUCAAAGUACCAUUAGCCCUGCAGAAUCCACCCACUGCUGGUUUUUCCUUUUCCUUUCUCAAACCUAGUGAAAUAAAAGGAUGAGGGUUAUGGGGAGGAAGUGGGAGGAUCUGAAAAUAGCUUUGAGGUUGUCUUAAAAAAAUAAAGAAUAGUUUCUUA